AUGCACGGAGAAGUGCUCCAUCACCUGGUCCGCCGUGGCUACGAAGCCAUGAGCACCACCGAGUCUCGCCAGAAGAUCACGGCUGAAGUCAGCGGAAUCGAGAUGCUUCCUAUCAUCCUCACUGUCGCUCUCUUUGCCUUUAUUCUGGCUUCGGUACGUAGCAUGAGAUUCGAGUAUGGUCGACUUGUUACUAACAUGAUAACANNGGUCAGAUACACACUCGGAGGUGUUGUUGCCAGCCUGGCCAUGAUCGAGGACCGCCAAACCACUGUCGUCGAGACGCGCACACUCGCCGUUGAUGAGAAGGAGGACCCUGAUGCUCCCCUGGACAAGGCUCGCUUGAUUGACGAGGAGGUCAUGGUCAUCAACCAGACUCCCCUGACUGCCAGCAUCCGCAACACUCUCAAGCACCUGACCUCGAUUGGAGGCUUCAGAGCUCGCUGGAGAGGUCUCGGUGCCGCUCUCAUGUACAACCUUGUCCACUCAUUGACCGUCAACUUCAUUGCCAUGUUCGUUGCCGCCUUUACUGGCCUGCCUGUUGUUGGUCGCAUCUUGGCCAACAUUGCCGCCAACGUCCUGUGCGCCCGUAUCCACAUGGUCUGGACCCACGCCGUCAUCUCCGAGCCUUCAUCCUUGACCUGGUCCCAGCGUCUCUCCCAGACCGACAGAAACAUGUGGCGUGCUCUGGUUCUGCCCUCCUUCGUCCACUCCAUCGCCCAGCUUGCCACCUACGGCCUGCCCGUUGCCAUGUUCCUCUUCGUCGGUCCUGAGAUCACCAAUGACACGGACAACGAGCACUUGCUCGCCAGAGGUGCCAUGUCUCUGGUCGCCUUCGUCAUGCUCAACGUUCUUAUCCUGCUUCCUGCUACCGUGACUCGUACCCGUAUUGAGGCCAGCUUCUUGCCUGAGGACACUAACACUAUCGUCCCCUUCGACCGCACCUUCAACGGUGCCACCAACAUGCUUGCCCUGGACAGCCGUGCUGGCCGCAAGAGCCUCUUCAUCGAGGCCUGGCGCUCAUUCGACAUGGCCAGCAGAAUCCGCCUGGUCAAGUUCUUUGUCAAGGAAGCUGCCAUCGAGCUCUUCUUCUCAGUCACCGCUACCAUUGCCAUCGGCUCCCAGGUUGUCGCCUUGGGCAUUUCCAAAGACAGCCUUGUUGUCGGCAUGGAUGGCAUGUAA